AUGGGCGCCCGGACCGUCGGUCUGACGGGGCUGAGAUUCGGAACGGAGAUGGGUUUCCACCCUGGGAAGGUCGAGACCUACGUCCGGGAGCCCGGGCUCCCAAAAUUUCUACUUUCCCCCCUCCGAAGGGUGAGAAGGGGUUCCCUGAAACAGCUGGUUCUGCCCGUGAAACGGGGCUGGCUAUGCCCUUUCAAGUGCCUUCAGUUCCAAGUCAGGUUGGCUUUUGCCAUGACUAUCAAUAAAGCCCAGGGACAGUCUCUCAGAGUGGCUGGCAUCAACUUGGAGCAACCUUGCUUUUCUCAUGGGCAGCUUUAUGUGGCAUGUUCAAGAGUGGGCUCUCUGGAACGCCUGUUCAUUUUGUCACCAGAGGGAAAAACAAAGAACAUAGUCUACCAAAAGGCUCUCCGGUGA